AUGGCCGACGAUGGCAUGCUCCUCAACUUCUCCAUACCAGACAGCGGCAUAAUUGCGAAACCGACCUUCAAAGGCGGCAACUGGAAGAGCCGGCUCACUGCGAAGAAGGCGGCACAGAACUGGCACACCAAGGCGACAGCGCGACUGAACGGCGAGGCAGUACCCAAGAAGACGGUCGAGAAUGCGACAAACGUGAACCGCAUAGAACUGGGCCCAAGGAAGGCACGCGUGUCCAAGAGCCCCGAAUUUCACGAUUCCGGCGACAGGCCCGUAAAGCGAGCGCGUGUGAGCGGAGACUUUAGGCCAAGGACAACCGAGAAGACAGACAAUGCCGAUUUCAGACCGCACUCGAACCCGAACCCAAACCCCACCAAGAGACCAAGUGAACAGCAGAGUGCGCCCAAGGGUGGAAAGCAGGUCAUUUCCUCGCUGUUUACCUACAAUCCGACAUCCAAGACGAAGCCAGAAGCGAACGAACGCCGCGAAGACGAUGCGCCUAUCGAACCUUCAAACGCCCCACUCAGCAGCGAGCUGGACACCUUUACAUCCCUCGGCAUGUCCACGACGCUCGCGACGCAUCUGUUGAACAAGAUGGGGUUGAAGGCGCCCACUGCGAUCCAAAAGGCUGCGAUAACACAGCUCGUCAAAGACGAUUCAGAUGCCUUCAUACAGGCCGAGACUGGUUCUGGAAAAACACUGGCAUACCUCCUACCGAUUGUGCAAAGACUCAUGGAACUUUCCGCCAACAUGAGAAAGCACAAAGUCGACGACAACGUACAGAGGAAUUCCGGUCUCUUUGCCAUCAUCAUGGCACCAACACGCGAGCUGAGCAAGCAAAUUGCGACUGUACUAGAGAAGAUUUUAGGUUGUGCGCAUUGGCUUGUAGCCACCACCGUCAUUGGUGGUGAGAAGAAAAAGUCUGAAAAGGCACGGUUACGCAAGGGCAUCAAUAUCUUGGUCGCGACACCCGGUCGGUUAGUCGAUCACCUGGAGCACACAGAAGCGUUGGACGUGAGCAAUGUCAGAUGGCUUGUCCUGGAUGAAGGUGAUCGCCUGAUGGAGCUUGGUUUUGAGCAGGAAAUUCAGAAGAUUGUCGGGGCAUUGAAUUUGCGAAUGCGCGCAAGAAAAGAUGAGAAUUCGAGGAUACCUGGGCUGCCGGAGAAGCGUACAACAGUGCUCUGUUCCGCGACUAUGAAAAUGGACGUGGAGAGGCUUGGACAGAUAAGUUUGAAAGACGCAGUACACAUUCGAGCCGAUCCGUCAGAAAAGGGACAGGAAACGGUCGAGGCCAAAGACGAUCAAUCUUUCUUUGCACCGGCGCAACUGAAGCAGUCCUACGCAGUGGUGGCACCGAAGCUCAGAUUGGUAUCCUUGAUAGCCUACUUGAAGCGGGCUUUUGCACGAAAGGGAUCUGUCAUGAAGGCCAUCGUCUUCAUCUCGUGUGCCGACUCUGUCGACUUCCACUUUGACAUGCUCACCAGUGAAAUUGAAGGCGUCACCGAGACGAACAAGAAGGAAAGCACAGAUGAAGAGGAGGGGAAGGCUGAGGAGGCAGUUGACGGCGUGGAGAAGAAGCCAAAGAACACCAAAGCGAUAGCACAAUCAGACCCAACCAAGCUCACAGUAACAGGUGCAGAGUCACCUGUACUCUCUGCAAAGACGCAUACAGUAACAGCAUACCGUCUCCACGGUUCACUCCAACAAUCCGUGCGAACAUCGACACUCGCUCAGUUCACGAAGAACAAGGAGCCGUCUGUCUUGAUCGCUACCGACGUCGCAUCUCGCGGUCUCGACCUGCCAAACGUCGACUUGGUUAUCGAAUUUGAUCCUGCUUUCGCCAGAGAGGACCAUUUGCAUCGUAUCGGUCGUACGGCGCGUGCGGGUCGCGACGGACGAGCUUGUAUCUUCUUGAUGCCCGGAACUGAAGAAGGCUACGUCGAUAUUCUUAAGUCGGACAGGAAAGACACCGAAGGUGGAGUUCACAUUUUACGUCAAGACGCGGACGAUAUUCUCAACCGAGGCUUGGUAACCAGUGGAGUAAUGGAGAAGAACGCCUACAUGGAUAAAGCUACCGACCUACAGCUCGCCGUCGAGCGCUGGGCCCUAGCCUCACCUGCUCGCCUCGAAGCCGCCCGAAGAGCUUACCAGAGCCACAUUCGUGCGUACGCAACUCACGUUGCUGACGAACGUCAAUAUUUUGACAUCAAGUCGCUCCACCUAGGUCAUCUGGCCAAGGCCUUUGCACUCCGCGAGCGGCCCUCUGGAAUGAAGAUACCAGGACAACGAACAGGUGCCGGACGUAAUGACAAGACACCUGCUAGAGUACGUGGUGGUCCGAAGGUGGACCUUGCCAGUCGCAAAGCUGAUACCGGUGCGUCGAAGAGGGCGGUUGUGGACUUGGAUCUCCCCGAGGGUCAAGACACAGAUGAGGCGGCAAAGAUGAGGAAGGCGGUUCGUGCGAGGGAGAAGUUUAUGCGUCAUGCGGGUCGCGACUGCUCGGGCGAAUACAAAGCUCUUACGUCGCAAGCCCGAGCGCUAUCGAACCUACUCGAGGACAUACAAGACAAGUAUGACAAGAUACCCGAGAACAAGCAACAGCAGCUUAUCAAUGCGUACGAGCCAUGCAUCGAGGUACUCGAAGAGCUAGACAAGCUUGUCUUGCGUUACAACGGGCUCGACACGAAGAGCAAGCGCGCAUGGGACCGCCUCAAGUACGAUCCAGAAAUCACACGAAACCUACGAGAGCGUCUCAUCGCGAGCGUGUCGAUGCUUAACAGCUUCUAUACGACCUUGAUACAUGACAGCCAGGUUCUUAUAUUGGAAGCCCUGGAGAGGUUGGAGAAAGACUACAAAGGCGGUUACCGCGAAGAAAGCAUUGCUUCCAUCGGGAGGCUCACGUCUGCGGGCAUCUUGGACAAUGACAAGGAUGACGAGGAAUCGUGGAGUCAGAUUCUCCGCGAUCUUGAAGAUGUGGGAGUCUCUCAACAGCAGGCUGUGAGCUACCGAGAUCUCAUUGUAGACUGGCUUGUCAAGGCUGUCAACGAAGGGAGGCUCUUGGAAGAGCGGCCAGGUAACGACUUCUUUGAAACUAUGCAGCAAGAUCUUGGAGCAGCUCUUCCUGAAUUCGAAUUUGAACAACGAUUGCAUAGUUUCGACGUACCAACGAUGAUCACACCUUCGGACCGAGGCUCGCCAGCUGCAUCUAUAGAGCACACGCCUGUAUCAAGUCCACUGAUAACACAACAAGAGUCCGUAUACCUGGCUCCUUCAGCCACCCCCCUGGCGUUUUCUAGCACCUCCUUGCAAACACCCUCGCGGCGCUCUGGAUCGGAAGCCUCAUCGCUGUAUGCAGAGCCACGACCAUUGUCUCUGCCUGCUACUCCCGCAGAUUCCGUGAUGGAACGCAUCCCAGUCCCAUCUCUAAGCGCCCCGAUUCCUGUUGUACCGGCGUACAACCCCCCCAUGAUAGCGGCUGCGCAUCCGACCAGUCCCCCUUCUCCUCUGCCUUCGGUUACGAAUAUAACAGAACCAUUUGUGGCACCUCCAUCGUAUUAUGAGAAAGAUACAACGAGCACAAUAGAUCUUGAAUGGACGGCACACCAGAUAGUGGCUGCAUGGGCUCAGAAUGACUUUGUCACGGCAGAGAAGCUCCUCGAAGACCAACUUACGGCAGUCGAACGCGGACAUACAUGCGUGUCUGGAGUUCAGCCUGAUCGACGCAUUCUCAGGCAUUUACUUGGAGUCUGCGCUUCUUAUACCGGGAAGUUCACCAAAGCAAAACGCUUGUUCGAAAGUGUGUUUAAUGGAAUUUACCUCAAUCGCCAGAAUCUGGACGAUGGUGAUAUAGCUGCCGCGCGGUGGCUGGGAGACGUAUGUCUGCACACCCAGGAACAUACAAACGCCGCUCUCGCGUACAGUGUAGCUUAUGAAGGGUCUCUCGGCCGCUUCGGUGUAGCACCCGACCGUACUCAACGGGUGGCUGCCGAGAUAAGACUUGUCGACCACUGGCUAUGGGUGUUUAAGAGGAUCGAGGAUUCUCUCAAGCUCAAUAUGGACCCAACUAAUAUCUUCGCAUCUACAAACGUUGUUGAAAAGAGCAAUCUGAUGAUGUCAGUCAAGAACAAUAUUUACGAGACGGCUGGAUCUGGUAGAUAUGGUGCAAUGUCACCACAUCCAAGUAGGCGUCCGUCAUUUACUAUAGGGCCCCGACCAAAGUACGCUCUCAUGAUUUCAGAGAGGUUUCUCUUGGGACCUCUGGUUUCUCUGAGUACAUGGCCACUGCCUUGGGAUCCUCUUUUCUGUCCUGCUGACGCUGUUCAAUUGGACCGCUAUAUGAACACUGUACGACUGGCAAAUUACAUUGGCAAGCCCUUAUCUGAGCGUGAACUACCAACCAACACACUAGGAGACUCCAAAAAAUUACACUUUCUGACCAAAAGAGGCAAUCGAUGGUUGAUAGAAGCUGUGAAACAAGGCCUCCGCGAGAUUGGGAUCGAGCACGCUGAACAUGGAUAUGAGCCUUCGAUUGUAUGCUGCCUCAAUCAGCAGCGUCAAGGUGUGGUAUUCUCUGAAGGUGUUGAAAUCUGCUUCAGCAAGCUUCCAUUCCGUCAUGUUUAUGGGAUCAAGGUCUCGGAUGUAAAGUGGGCUACACGAAGGUUCAACGCGGUAACACAAGACUUGGCACAGAGCUUCCGAGACACGACCGAUUUCAGGAACAUCAUCAAGGGUAUUAUGGAGAGAGCGGAGGCAAAGGCAGCCCCUCCAGGGUCGACGCAAGACGCUCAGCACGAGAGCAUGGAUGUGUAUGCGCAGGUUCCCCAUAUGUCGCCGCUUCUCAAAAGGCCAUCGUACGGUUGA